GGCGCUGCGGCUGCGGGCGGCAACGCUGCACCAUGGCCCGGCCGCUGCGGGCCGCCCGACUGCCGCCGCCGCUGCUGUUGCUGCUGGCCGCCGGAGCUUCUCUGGGUGCCUAUGCAGUGGGCGUGGAUGAGCCUGGCCCCGAGGGCCUCACCUCCACGUCCCUGCUGGACCUGUUGUUGCCCACUGANUUUGAGCCACUGGACUCGGAGGAACCCAGUGAGGCCAUGGGUCUAGACGCCGGCCUAGCCCCAGGCUCGGGCUUCCCCAGUGAGGACAGCGAUGAGUCCCGGCUCCUGCAGCCGCCACAGUACUUCUGGGAAGAAGAGGAACUAAACGGCUCCAGCCUGGACCUGGGUCCCACUGCAGACUACGUCUUCCCAGACCUGACUGAGAAGGUGGCAUCCAUGGAAGACCCAGGCCAGGCUCCGGACCUGCCAAACCUCCCCUCCAUCCUGCCCAAGAUGGAUCUUGCUGAGCCUCCCUGGCAUAUGCCUCUGGAGGAGGAGGAAGAGGAGGAAGAGGAGGAGGAGGAAAGGGAAGAAGAGGAGAGGGAGAAGGAAGAAGCAGAGGAGGAGGAGGAAGAAGAGGAAGAGCUGCUCCCUGUGAGCGGGUCCCCAGGAGCCACCACACAGGCCCAUGCCCCUUCACCUAGCACCAGCAGCAGCACCAGCAGCCAGAGUCCUGGGGCUACCCGACACAGGCAGGAGGAUUCUGGAGACCAGGCCACAUCAGGCAUGGAAGUGGAGAGCAGUGUGAAACCCACCUUGUCAGUGCCCUCAGUCACCCCAAGUACAGUGGCCCCGGGGGUUCAGAACUAUAGCCAGGAGUCUGGGGGCACUGAGUGGCCAACUGGGGGGCUGGGGGUCCAGUCUGAAGUUCCCCAGGGAGCUGGUGAGGGGGCCACAGUGGGAGCAGCUGACUUCGAUGGCCAGCAGGGGGCACUGCCGUCCUCUUCACUCCCACAAACAGUGCCUCCAAGUGGGACUGAGGUCCCCAGUGAGGGUCCCCUUUACCCCAGAAUCCCAGACUCUCUCCCACCUGGACCCCAAGACAUGGAGUCAACCCCUUCCUCUGCUACCUGGGGACAAGAAGGUCUCAGUGAGCAGCCCCUGGAGGGUCAGGCAGCUGAAGCUCACUCACUAACACCGUGGGACUCUACUCAGGUGAUCUGCAAGGAUUGGAGCAACCUGGCCGGGAAGAGCUACAUCAUCCUGAACAUGACAGAGAACAUAGACUGUGAAGUAUUUCGGCGGCACCGGGGACUACGGCUAUUAGCCCUGGUGGAGGAGGUACUGCCACGCCACCGCAGUGGCCAUCGUGGGGACUGGCAUAUCUCUCUGAGCAAGCCCAGUGAGAAAGAGCAACACCUGCUGAUGACCCUUGUAGGAGAGCAGGCAUACCCCCACCCUCAGAUUGGCAUCCAGAACUACUCCACCACCAGCAGCUGCCAGGCACGGGCCACCCAGGUGCGCAGUGACUACGGGACGCUCUUUGUAGUGCUGGUGAUCAUUGGUGUCAUCUGCUUCAUCAUCAUUGUGCUUGGCCUACUCUACAAUUGUUGGCAGCGCCGGAUGCCCAAGCUCAAACACGUGUCGCACGGUGAGGAGCUGCGCUUCGUGGAGAACGGCUGCCACGACAAUCCCACGCUGGACGUGGCCAGCGACAGCCAGUCGGAGAUGCAGGAGAAGCAGCCCAGCCUGAACGGUGGGGCCAUCAACGGCCCGAGCAGCUGGAGCGCGCUCAUGGGCAGCAAACGCGACCCUGAGGACUCGGACGUGUUCGAGGAGGACACUCACCUGUGAGCGCCGGGCCACGGGCGCGAGACUGCCCGACGCCACGGCCCCGCGCCCCUCCCGGCCCUCCACGCGGGCCACUAUGCUUCCCCACCGCAGCAGGCGACCGCGGCGCAGCUCCCACCCCGCCCCGCCCGGCCCCGAGCGCUUGCCCGAGGCCAGCGCGCUCCCCGCGCCGGGACUCCAUUAAAGCCGCUAAGAUGCGCGGGCC